GAUAUCGAUUUGCAAAAUUUUAAGGUUUCAAAGCUCUUUUAUCCGAUUCAAUAAUUCAACUGAAUUUUCAAAAUCAGUAAUCAGAUGUCAAAAAUCUCAAAUGAAUUCUGAAUCAUUUCAGGAGUGUCGUAAACAAGCCAUUGAAAAACUUCACAAAUGGUUAAUUCAUAGUCAGCUUCCAUUGAAAUUUGCUGCAGCAGAUACAAAAGAUCCAAGUUGCAAUUACGAUUAUACUAGUUAUGAUCCGUCCACUUGGCUACCUUUGGUUCAUUACAAACAAACAACAUAUUCACAACUUGAUGAAAUGGCUAUUAACGCCUGUAAAGCACAAAAACAAUGGAUUGAUUUACCAUUACUAGAACGUGCCAAAAUUCUUAGAAAAGUUGGUGAUCUUGUUCGUGCUGAAACAAAUUGGCUUGCUGAAUUAGAGACACUAGAUACUGGAAAGCCACUGUGGGAAGCUCGUGCAGACAUUGAGGCCUGUGCAGAUUCAUUUGAGCUGUUCGCUGGUUUUAUCCCAAGUUUUGUUGGAACCCAUUCUCCUGUCCCACCAAAUCCUGGCAGUUUUUAUUAUACUAGAAGAGAACCAUUUGGACUUUGUGCCGGUAUUGGAGCUUGGAAUUUUCCUUUUCAAAUGGCUGUAUGGAAAUCCGUUCCUGCGUUGGCCGCUGGAAAUUCCUUUAUAUUUAAACCAUCUCCUUUAACUCCAUUGACAGCUGUUCGUUUACACGAAUUGUAUAAACUUGCUGGAUGUCCUGAAAAUCUUUACCAGGUUGUUCUAGGAGGUGUUGAAAUUGGUCAAGCAUUAGUAAAUCAUGCUUUAGUUAGAAAAGUAUCAUUUACAGGAAGUGUUGCAGGAGGUCGAUCUGUGCUUCAAUGCGCUGCUGAACGGAUUGUACCAAGUACACUUGAACUAGGCGGAAAAUCCCCAUUGAUUAUUAUGUCAGAUGCUAAUUUAGAUGAAGCUGUUAAAGGCACUUUGAUGGCUAAUUUUUAUACUCAAGGACAAGUAUGUUCUAAUGCUGCUCGUGUAUUUGUUCAUAGAUCUAUUGUGGCAUCAUUCACUCAAAAACUUAUUGAAUCAGUUAAGCAAAUUUUAGUCGGUGAUCCUUUCAAUCCAAAAGUUUCCAUGGGUGCUUUAAUUUCUCCUGAACAUCGGCAAAAGGUACAUAAUUAUAUAAAAUCAGCCAUUUCUGAAGGAGCCACUUUAUUGUAUGGUGGUGAAAAGCUAAAAUUUAAAGUCAGUAAUUUAAAUAGUGAUAAUUUUAUUACUCCAUGUAUCUUGACUAAUUGUCAUGAUAACAUGAAAGUUGUGAAAGAAGAAAUAUUUGGUCCAGUUAUUACUUUAUUAGAAUUUGAUACAGAAGAAGAAGUUGUCCGACGUUCAAAUGAUAGUGAAUUCGGUCUUGCUGGAGGAGUGUUUACACAAAAUUUAGCGACUGCCCAUCGUAUAGCCUCACAACUACAAUGUGGUUCUAUAUACAUUAACAGUUACAAUGUUUACCCACCUGGUAUUCCAUUUGGAGGUUAUAAACUAUCUGGGUUCGGUCGAGAAAAUUCAUUUGAUACGUUAAUGGCUUACAGUCAGUUGAAGUCAAUUUACGUAGAAGGUGGAUCACUUCCCUAUCCGUUCCCUGAAUGAUUCUAAUCAAUGAUUGUUUAGUGAUUGGUCCAAUCAUUAAAGUUGAUUUUAAUAACUAAUCAAUGAUAAAACCUAAAUUCCCUUGAUUUCAAUGAUAAAUAAUAUGAUCUCUCUGAUUUAACUAACAUUCCAUAUUUUGUUUAAUCAUAAGUUCAAAAUAAAUUCUUAAUUAUUUCG